AUGCUGAUGCCCCUGAGUGGACUCUUCUGGUGGUGGUGCUGCUGCUGUGCCCGCUCCUGCUGUGGAUUGUGCGCCCCGGCUCCCCAGAUGUUGCGCCACCAGGGUCUCCUCAAGUGCCGCUGCCGCAUGCUCUUCAAUGACCUGAAGGUUUUCCUACUGCGGCGCCCCCCUCCAGCGCCCCUGCCCAUGCACGGAGACCCCCAGCCCCCCAGCUUGGCGGCCAACAACAACACCCUUCCGGCUCUAGGUGCCGGGGGGUGGGCAGGCUGGAGGGGCCCUCGAGAAGGGGUGGGCAGGGAGACCACUCCUCUGCCACCUCCACCACCUUUGCCACCUUCUUCUGUGGAAGAUGACUGGGGUGGCCCAGCCACAGAGCCACCUGCCUCGCUGCUCAGCAGUGCCUCCUCAGAUGACUUCUGUAAGGGGAAGGCUGAGGAUUGCUACUCACUGGGCAGCAGCCUGGACAGUGGCAUGAGGACCCCGCUCUGCCGCAUCUGCUUCCAGGGGCCGGAACAGGGGGAGCUGCUGAGCCCAUGCCGCUGUGAUGGCUCGGUCAAGUGCACGCACCAGCCCUGCCUCAUCAAGUGGAUCAGCGAGCGGGGCUGCUGGAGCUGUGAGCUGUGCUACUACAAGUAUCAUGUCAUCGCCAUAAGCACAAAGAAUCCUCUGCAGUGGCAGGCCAUCUCUCUGACAGUCAUUGAGAAGGUGCAGAUUGCAGCCGCCAUCUUGGGUUCCCUCUUCCUCAUUGCCAGUAUCUCUUGGCUCAUCUGGUCGACCUUCAGUCCCUCGGCAAAAUGGCAGCGCCAAGACCUCCUCUUCCAGAUCUGCUAUGGGAUGUAUGGAUUCAUGGACGUGGUGUGCAUAGGUCUCAUCGUGCACGAGGGACCCUCUGUGUACCGCAUCUUUAAACGGUGGCAGGCUGUCAACCAGCAGUGGAAAGUGCUGAACUAUGACAGGACGAAAGACCUGGAAGAUCAAAAGUCAGGAGGCAGGACAAACCCCCGGACCUCCUCAUCCACCCAGGCCGAUGUCCCCUCCUCCGAAGAGGAGGCUGUGGGUGCCCCUGGCCCUGAGGAAGGCCCUGCCAGGGCGGCCAACCACCCCUCAGGCCCUCUGUCCGAUCACCACUGUGCUUACACCAUCCUGCACAUCUUGAGUCACUUACGACCUCAUGAACAGCGGGGCCCCCAGGGCGGGAGCCGGGAGCUUGUCAUGAGGGUCACGACAGUGUGA